AUGAGGGGCGGUGGGUCCGCUCUUCGUCUGGGGGAGGAGAGUAGGUGGGGUGACACCCCUGAUGGGGCAGGAAAUACGUGUGUCAGCAACUGGCAAAAGGUUAGAGAGCCGCUGCAAGAAAGGGGCUUGGUUACCAUAUUCCCUGUAGUAGUAGGGGAGGAGGGACCGGAAUGGGUCCCAUUGGACCCAAAGGGAAUUGCGCUGUUAAUAGAAGAGAUAGAGAAGAAGGGGUUGAAAUCACCUCUAACACUGAACGCAUUAGAGGCCCUAACUGAACCAGGCCAUACGCUCCUCUAUGACAUUGAGAACCUCAUAUGCAUGGCACUCAAACCUGUACAAUAUACACUUUCAAAAGAGGAAUGGUUGAUUGAACUCAGGUGGGUAAUAGCAGCUGCACAAAACAAUCCAGGUCACCCUGUGCACGGCACGAACAUGCUGAGACUUACAGGAUCAGCAACAGGCAUGGUUACCCCACGCGGUCAGUUAGCUCAGUUGUGCCCAGGGGAAUUAAUAGCGACUACUGAUGCAGCCUUAGGGGCCUUCAGGAGGUUCGCCUGCCAUGCAGAACCAUCCACACCAUGGACAGAAAUAAUCCAAGGCCCGACUGAGUCAUUCCAAGACUUUGCCAAUAGGUUAAUUAAGGCGGUUGAGGGGUCAGACUUACCCAGGGCUGUUCAUGGCCCUGUAAUUGUGGACUGCCUUAAGCAAAAGUCCCUUGAGGAUAUUAAAAAUCUAUUUCAUGUGGCCCCUGGAGAGAUCACCACACAGGGAGAGAUCAUUAAAUAUGUACUAGACAAACAGAAAUCCACUCCCUUGACUAAUGAGGGCCUGGCAGCCGCUCUUGCUGACGCAAUGGCAGUGGCUUCAAUGUCGCCUAAGGGUCCCUGCUUCCAGUGUGGGCAGUACGGCCAUAUUAAGACCCAGUGUAACGCCAUUAAGGAUGGGGAAAGGGACAGUGUCUCCUGUCAACUGUGUGGAAGAGGGGGACAUAAUGACAGUGUAGGAUCUUUAAAAUGCAGCUGCAGGGAAACAACAGGGGGAGGGUGCCUCAGGCCCAGGGCCCCUCCCACAACCAUCAGAAUGAGCCAGUACAGCAGACGUCCUUGCCCAACCCACCAGUUCUGCCAACCCCGCUGUUGA